AUGACCAAGGCAGCAACCACCAAGAAGAUGCAGAGUUCCCCCAACUCAAGGGCCCUCUGGCCCUUUUAUGCCUCAGAACAUCCAGCACAGGUCCCGGAGAAGCAAGGGAACAACAUCAAGUAUAUGGAGAAGGAAAUAGUAAACCUCAAGAAAGACCUUAUGCGAAGCCGCUUCCUGAUUCAAUCCGUGAAAAUAGGCCGUGGGUAUUUUACCAUGCUGAGGGAGGAGAGUGCCUGGAAAAAAAGCCAACAGCAACUUCAGAAACUGAAAGAAGAAGAAAGACAUAAAUUCCAACCGGCCAAAAAGGUCUCAGAAAUCCACUACAGGGAUAUCAUUCUGGCCACCUACGAUGAUGAGAAGGUUAAGAAGGCGGGGGCCGGAGUCAUACCUCGCCCCUUCACCCCCAAGCACAACUGCAUCAUUUCGCCCCUGCUACGCGAGGCUCACGUGGAAUCCCUCUUCCGCCAGCUGUGUGCCCUCCACUGGCUCCUGGAGGCCCUGACUAUCGACCACACCCACCACACCAUGAAGCCCUUGAUCACCUGCUGGAAUACGAAGGACCCAGGUGGAAGCAAGAGCACGAUAAAAAAGAUCAUUAAGGACAAGUCCAUGGGACAGAGGUGGGAGCACUUCAUCACGGCGCCCAAGACCAAGAAAUUCAAAAUUCCUACACUACGCACCGCGAGCCGCAAACCAAGCCGGCGAGGCUCCACACUCAGCCUGUCCCGAGCCAGCGCGGGCUCCUCUCCCCAGAACAGCAUGCUCUCCAUGAACCCUGGCUCAGAGGAGCCGCCCACCGUGGUCAUCCAGGCCACAGGCAGCAAGGACGUCGAGGACACUGAAUCGUCUUCAACCAAGCCAGACGAAGAGCCUCUCCACAUCAAUCUGCAGAAGCUCCUGGAGAUGGUUCGGGAAGAGGCCCGGAGGACGGUCAUGAAGGAUAGUGAGACGCAAAAAAGCGCACCCAGUAUCUUGUCGAUGGUGAGACAGAUCAAGAGCGAUUCUACCUAUAAAGACACGCAGACCACCUACAAAUCCAGCGAGAGGUCCAGCAGCACAAGUGGAGAAAGCCACAGCCAACCAAUCCAGAAGAUGAAAAGCCGCACCUACCGUGACCUCAUCCACUGCAAGACCAACGUGUGUACCACCAUGAGGGCCAAGUUCUACAGUGUGGCCCAGGAGGCCGGCUUCUGUCUGCAGGACAAGAUGGAAAUCCUCAUGAAGCGCCAGGAAGAGAGAGGCCUCCAGAAGUUCCAUUCUUUUGUCCUUGUUUCGAAUUUUCAAAAGGACAUAGCAAAAAUGAGACACAGAGUCGCCAUGGUAAAAGGAGACGCGGAGGAAAUCGCCGACCACUGGUACUUUGAUCUUCUGUCCAAACUCCCUGAAGAUCUGAAGAACUUCCGCCCCGCCAAAAAGAUCCUGGCAAAACUGCAGAAGUACGGAGAAAACCUGGACCUGAGGAUCAGGCCCCACGUCCUCCUGAAGGUGCUGCAGGAUCUGAGGACCUGGGAACUGUGCUCCCCAGACGUCGCUGCGGCUGUCGAGUUUGUGCGAGAACACAUUAUCCAUAUGCCUCAAGAGGACUAUAUCAACUGGCUGCAAAACCGGAUCAACAUCCCCUUACGGCCCCAGAGUGCCCAGAUAUAG